GAUAAAGACGUCGUUCUGGCCCACUACAUCCUGGUGGGCGUUUGUGCCGCAUACAUCCCUAUCAUCAUUUGCUUUAACUCCCUUGCGUUCUGGGGAACCAUGCUCUACCCAGGCUUCCACAAUCCAAACAACUAUUUACUCCUUAGCCUGUCCAUAGCGGACUUUUUGACCGGAUGUUUUUGUUUACCCAUGUACAUACUCAGUUAUCUCCCCUACACGUAUAAGUUCGUCUUUACCAACAAGUACGUGUGCCUGACCUGGUUUGCAUCGAUUGAGAUCGGCCUUGGAGGCUCAGUGGCCAGCCUGUUUUUUAUCACCACCGACCGUUACAUCGCCGUGAUGUGGCCACUGAGGUACCAACAGAUCGUGAGGGUGUCAAGAACAAUCAAAGCGAUUAUUUGUAUGUGGUGUGCAUUGUCGCUUCUGGCCUUCGCACCGAUAAUGUUUGAUUGGAACCAGUACGACCCGACACUCCUGCCGUUGACGGCGCGUUGCAACUUUCACGUGACCUUGUCCAAAUCAUACGUCAUCAUUGCCACUUUCGGCAGCGUCUUAACCACUCUCCUGAUAUGCACCAUUCUCUACGUCCACAUAAUAAUCGUCUCUCAGCGACAGGCUCGGUCCUUUAGAAGCACGAUCUCAAGCUUGCAUCCAGAAGAGAUUCGAAAAUACAAAAAUCACAUGAGCUCUGUCAAGAUGACAUCGUUUCUGAUGAUUCUGUUCAUCGUGUUGCUGACUCCGUCCAUGCUGGUGGCGCCGUUCAAGUACUACAACGUGUUCUCCCAAAAGAACAUCGAGAUCAUGAGGGUUUCGGCCCUUCUGUUGACCUUCACGAACUCUGUGGUCAACGUGCCGAUCUACGCAUUUUAUAUGAAAGAGUACAGAGCAGUGUACAUGUUGAUGCUUCGCAGA